AAAGGGAGACACGACCCCAGAUCACUUUUACAUCCGGCGUCGCUCGCACACCACGCCAGUAGCCAGCACGUCCACGGCCCCCCUGUCCAGCGCUCUAGCCAACACACUCGUUACCAAAUGUCACUCAAGCCUGAGGUGCGCGCGGUGGUGCUGGGUCUGGUGUGUCUGGUGGUCCUGGCGACGGUCGGCGAGGCUGCCACCAUCAUCGGAAUGUGCAUCAGUAACUGCGGCCAGUGCAAGGAGAUGUACGGGGACUACUUCCACGGACAGGCGUGCGCGGAGUCGUGCAUCAGGACCCAGGGCAUCAGCAUCCCCGACUGCAACAACCCCGCCACCUUCAACCGCUUCCUCAAGAGGUUCAUCUAGGAGUGGCGCGGAGGCAAGGGCGCCGCGCUGGUCGGGGAGGCGAAGGCGAGGAUGGAAGGGGUCCCGAACAGCUUGAGUGAGGAGUGGGCGGAGGCGGCCUCUGCCCUGCCCCUUCCCCCGAUCCUUCAGUGGUCGUCGUUCGUCAGGUCGCGUCGUGGUCGUCCGGCUUUCUUGUAACUCUGUCGUGGGUGGUGUCGUCUGUGUCUGUCCUUGCUUUCUGUGGUGUGUCAGGCUGCGUCCCUCCUUUGCAAUCCUGUGUCCUGUACUUCUCUCCCUCUCCGUCUCUCGUGCGUCUCAUUAUGACUUUUUCCAUCACUGCUUGUCUUGCCUCCCUCCUUCUCUUCCCUCCUCUAUUUCCUGUACUUCUUCCUUUAUCAUGGGUCUUUUCAUGAUGCUCUUGACCUCUGCUUCAGCUUCUGUCUCAGGCUGUGUCCUUCCUCUCUUUCCCUCUUCUCUGUUUCCAAUACUUCUCUCUUCCUUUCAUGGAUUUUCCUUAUCACUCUUUCUCCUUCUCUGUCUUCUUGUCUUUCUCUCUAUAUAGUGUCUCAAGCUGUGUACCUCUUCCUUUUCCAUCCUCUCUGCCCUUUACUUCUCUUUCUCUCUCCUUCAUUGGUCUCCUUAUUACUUUUUCCUCGUCUCUAUUUAUCCUCAUUUCCCUCUCACUAUGAUAUCUCAGGCUGCGUCUCUCCUCUGAUCUGUCUGUCUAUCUGUCUUUCACGUGUCUUCCUAUCCCAUCGCUUUUUUCUUUAUCUCCCCCAUCUUGUCUUACUCUCUCGCAGCGUCUUUUAUCAUCUCCAAAACCUUAUUGUUCCUUCUAGUGGCGGCGCAGCGAACUACAGGGUGCGGUGUGUUUAAUCCGGCAGAUGUAUCAAGGCAGGUGUUUCAAGGCAGGUGUAUCAAGGUGCUUCAUUAACUUCAUUACCUUGUGUGUAGGUGUGGGUGGGUCAUGAGGCAUCUGGGUGAAGGGUGGGUGUGUUGUCAACGGGUGUGAAGGUGUCAACGCCAGGCUAACAGGUGUAUUGAUGAGGGUGUAUUGCCCAAAGGAUGUGUAGAUGCAGGUGUGUGUCCAAGGCAGGUAUUGCAAAGCGGUAUUUCCAGCAAGAUGUAAAGUGUCAAAUGUAUUAUCAGUAAAAGACAGAUGAAAGACCAAGACUACA